UUAAGUAGUAGAGAUAGAGAUAGAGAUAUACCUGGAGACCACCUGAAUUUCGUUUCAAACGUGAAACAACUCAGCCAUCCCGAAGGUUUAGAGUACAACUAGUAUAAUGAAAAAUUGUCUCUUCUUCUUCCUCCUCAUCCCGGCGAACGAUCAGCCUGAUUCGACCGUGAGCGCGAGGAUCGCCUUGCCUAAAUAGAUUUGUCUCAUCGAUUCUUCUUCUUUGAUUCAGCAUGGCAAACAAUCAGGAGCGGCCAAAAUGCAGCUGCGUCCAGUCCAGCUGCACCCAGCUAUAUUGCCGGUGUUUCCGCUCGCGUUACUUUUGUUCAGACAACUGCAAUUGUUCUGGCUGCUACAACAUUAAAUAUUACGAGGAUGCGAUAGAGGAGAUUUCCGACAUGAUCCAGAUGAAAAACCCGAAUGCAUUUGAUCCCAGGAUUAUUGUUAGUGUUCAAGAUGCAACGGCAGCUGAUCCCCAGAGCUCUACUAGUGCUAUUUCAGACCCAAAAAACACCUCCGAUGCAAUGCCGGGCAAUGAACAACGGAAGCAUGCCAAAGGGUGCAGCUGCAGGAAGUCCAAGUGCAGCAAACUCUACUGUGAAUGCUUCAAGAACAGUGUGGGGUGCACUGCAAAAUGCAAGUGCCUAGAGUGCAGUAACAGCUUCGGAGUAAAAAAUAGUGAAUCAAGCAACAAACCAGAUCCAGAUGAUAAGAGUGCUACUGACGGCCUGACACAUGAAGAAACAACUACGGAAAACAUCACGCUACCUGGGGAAACCUGGAACUCUGAUCCAAACAAACGCCCAAGAUAUUUUUGACAAACUGACAACAACUUUCAUAUCAUGAUGAUUUACCGUCCUCCAGGCAGUGAUCACUUUCUGCCAAAAAAAACGCAACUGUAAACACAACCAGGUUUCAGUAUCGAGGGGUAUCUAUACAUUAAUUC